AUGGCUUCCCUACACACAGACCUUCAUUUUGUCUUGUUUCCUUUAAUGGCUCAAGGCCAUAUGAUACCCAUGGUGGAUAUUGCCCGAUUACUAGCCCAACGUGGCGCUACAGUUACCAUAAUCACUACUCCCGUUAACGCCAACCGUUUCAAACCGGUCAUUGCUCGGGCAAUCGAAGAUAAACUCAAGAUUCAACUUCAUGAAUUCCCACUCCAAUUAGCUGAAGUUGGAUUGCCGGAGGGAUGUGAGAGCUUUGACAUGAUCCCAUCUGCUGCCCUCUAUGUCAAACUGUUUCAGGCGGCUGAUUUGUUAGAGGAACCGGUCGAUAACAUGCUCCGGCGACUAACUCCGGCUCCAAGUUGCAUCAUUUCCGAUAAUCUUUUUCCUUGGACUAAUGAUAUAGCUCGAAGGUUGGGUAUUCCAAGGCUUAUUUUCCAUGGCCCUGGAUGCUUCACGUUCGUUUGCAUACAUAUUCUGAUGAAUACUAAUAUACUACAUGAAAUGGUCUCCGAUUCAGAGUACUUUGUGCUUCCUGGUAUUUCUGAUCGGAUUGAGCUCACCAAAGCUCAAGGGUUGAGUUGGGGAAGGAAAGACAACGAACACAUGGCGAACAUGUUAGAACGAGUGCGUGUAGCAGAAGAAGCUGCAAACGGGAUUGUUGUCAAUAGUUUCCAGGAGUUAGAGCGUCACUAUGUUGAAGAACUUGCGAAGGUGAAAGAUAAGAAGGUAUGGUGUAUUGGCCCAGUUUCACUAUGCAACAGAUGUUUCCAAGAUAUAGCUGAGAGAGGAAGUAAGGCUGGAAUCAACGAACAUGAGUGCUUGAAAUGGCUAGAUUCGAGGGAGAAAAGUUCCGUAAUCUUUGUUUGUUUGGGAAGUAUAUCACGUACUUGUACUGAACAAAACAUUGAGCUUGCUUUAGGAUUGGAGUCAUCGAACAUACCCUUUGUUUGGUGUGUGAGACAUGCAACAGAAGAACUCGAGAGAUGGUUCUUAGAAGAAGGAUAUGAAGAAAGAGUGAAAGAUAGAGGCCUUAUCUUUCGUGGAUGGGCACCACAAGUGUUGAUUUUAUCACAUGGAGCAGUUGGAGGUUUCUUAACACAUUGUGGAUGGAACUCAACUCUUGAAGGUGUUACGGCUGGGGUCCCUAUGGUUACAUGGCCACAUUUUGCUGACCAGUUUCUUAACGAAAGAUUUAUGGUGGAUGUCUUGAAGAUUGGUGUGAAAAUUGGCAUGGAGUUUCCGGUUAUAGCGGGAGAACAAGACAAGUUUGGGGUUUUGAUUAAUAAAGAAGACAUCAAGAAAUCAGUGGAAAGCGUAAUGGAGAAAGAAGAGGAAGGAGAAGGAAGACGAAAGAGAGCUAGAGAGCUUGGGGAAAUGGCGAAGAGAGCUAUGGAGGAAGGGGGUUCGUCUCACAUCAACAUGACGUUGAUGAUUCAAGAUAUUUUCAAAGAAUUAGGCAAUAACGCUAAGCCAAUUCAAGAUAUUGGGAUUAAUGCAUUCGAAUUGUAUUGAAAACUUGGUUCACCCACACGGAAAUCUUGUGUUUAGGUGGAGUUUGAAAGAUUGCACACAAGGCGUUCGAUAAAAGUACUCAGUAAGAUUACAUUAUUCUUGAGGUUCAACAACGUAGGUAUUAAUGCAUUUUCUGAACUGGGUGUGUAAGAAAAGUUUUUGAAAGUCACCAAGUUUUUCACGAGGUAAAAGGAGAAAACAAAGCAUACAAGUUGUAUAUAUAACCCACACAACGAAAUAAAGCACAUAGCUACACUAUAGUCUUCUUAGCUACUUCUUCUGUAAUAGCUUGAAUCAUCAAUGUCAUGUUGAGAUGAGACGAACCCCCUUCUUCCAUUGCCCUCUUCGCCAUUUCCCCAAGCUUCCUCGCUCUCUUUCUUCUCGCUUCUCCUUCCUCUCCACCAUCCAUUAAACCUUCAACAGCUGCCCUAAUCUCUUCCCUCGUCAACAACAAUUUGUCCGCUUUAUCUUGCUCAUAGAACACAACAGGAACCUCCACACCAAUCCUCACACCAAUUCUCAACACAUCUAUCACAAAUCUUUCAUUCAAAAACUGGUCUCCAAAAUGUGGCCAAGUAACCAUUGGAACCCCAGCAGAAAUCCCUUCAAGAGUCGAAUUCCACCCACAAUGCGUCACAAAACCCCCAAUCGCUCGAUGUGACAGAAUCAACAUUUGUGGUGCCCAACCAUGGAUCAUCAAUCCUCUGUCUUUAACCCUUUCUUUGAAUCCCUCUUCUGAAAUCCAUUUCUCAAAUUCUUCAGUUGCGUUCCUAACAAACCAAAUAAAAGGUUUAUUUGAUAACUCCAAAGCUAACCCUAGCUCAAUCAAUUGUUGUGUAGAAGCAUACGAUAGACUUCCCAAGCAUACGUACACUACAGACUGUGGAUCCCGCAAAUCCAACCAUUUCAAACAAUCUUGUUCAUGAAUCGCGGAUUUGUUUCCUCUCUCUGAUAUAUCUUGUAAACUUUUGUUACAUAAUGAAACUGGACCUAUACACCAAACUUUCUUACCUUUCACUUUCGCAAACUCUUCAACGUACUUGGGCUCCAAUUCCUCAAACGUAUUAACCACAAUCCCACUUGAACUUUUCUCGGCUUCCAUCAGUCUUUCAAAGUUCUCGGUUGUUUCUUCACAAUCUCCUUUUCCCCACGUUGAAGCCUGAGGUUUAGUAACUUCAAUCCUAUCAGGAAGCCCAGGCAUUACAAAGUACUCCGAGUUGGAGUCAAUUUCGUUUAGUAUAUUAGUAUUUGUCACAAUGUGUAUACACAAAAACGCGAAACAUCCGGGCCCAUAGAAUACAAACCUAGGAAUAUUCAACCUUUUUGCAAUAUCCAUAGUCCAUGGAAAACCACCAUCUGAGAUGAUGCAAUUUGGAGGCGGGUAUAACCCACGGAGCAUCUUUUCCGCGGGUUGUUCUAGCAACACCAUUGCUGUGAACAUGUUGAUCGCUUGUGCUGCUGUUGGGAGCAAGUCAAAAUUCUCACAUCCUUCGGGUAAACCGACUUCCGAUAAUGGUAGUUGGAGUUCGAGAACUUGGAUGUUGAGUUUAGCUUCGAUUGCACGAUUUGUGAUGGAUUUAAAACGGUUUGCAUUGAUUGGAGUUGUGAUUAUGGUGACCAUAGCACCAUGUUGGGCUAGGAUCCUUGCUAUGUCUACCAUUGGUAUGAGAUGACCUUGAGCCAUUAAUGGAAAUAAGACUAUGUGAAGGGAAGCCAUUGGAGUUUUGGAAUUUGAUCGAUGUAAGUGGGUGUAUGUGAAACUACUCUUCACGAACUCUAGAAAUUAAAUAGCAUGCGAAGAUGAACAAGUUGUUACAAUGUGUCUUUUUGUUUUGUACUUUUCGAAAACCAACAUUGAAAUGAUAAAUGAAAUUAGA